GCUGGAAAAUGGCGGUGCCCUUGUUACAAUGGGGACUGUUGUUGAUCACUUGUUAGCCAAUUUACUGUGAAUAACUGCGGAUUAUUCGUUCGCCGGUCUGUUUUAGGUGACUUACUCCGACGCCUACAUGUUAAAGCAGUCCAGUGCAGCGGGUCCAUCCACCGCCUCCCCUCAAUCAAUGAAGGAAUCCAAGGAGAAUCUAUCAAUGACUGGCCAAUCAAUUCUGGAUCACAUCAAGCCAUGCUGGUACUGGGACAAGAAGGAUUUAGCCCACACCCCCUCUCAGUCUGAGGGCCUGGACCCUGGCACAGAGGCCCGAUAUCGGAGAGAGGGAGCCCGCUUCAUAUUCGACGUGGGGACCAGACUUGGCCUACACUAUGACACCCUGGCAACUGGCAUCAUAUAUUUCCACCGCUUCUACAUGUUUCACUCCUUCAAGCAGUUUCCCAGAUAUGUGACUGGUGCUUGCUGCCUUUUCCUGGCUGGGAAAGUAGAGGAAACCCCAAAGAAGUGCAAAGACAUCAUCAAAACAGCUCGGAGCUUACUGAAUGAUGUGCAGUUUGCCCAGUUUGGAGAUGAUCCGAAGGAAGAGGUGAUGGUGUUGGAGAGAAUCCUGCUCCAAACGAUCAAAUUUGACCUGCAGGUGGAGCAUCCCUACAUGUUCCUGCUGCGCUACGUCAAACAACUCAAAGGGGACAAGAACAAAGUGUGCAAGGUGCUACAGAUGGCAUGGACCUUUGUCAAUGACAGCCUGUGCACCAUGCUGUCUCUGCAGUGGGAGCCAGAGAUCAUCGCUGUGGCCGUCAUGUACCUGGCAGGCCGCCUGUGUAAGUUUGACAUCCAGGAGUGGACCGCCAAGCAGUCGUCACGCCGCUGGUGGGAGCAAUUUGUCCAGGAUGUUCCAGUGGAGCUACUUGAAGACAUUUGCCACCAGAUUCUGGACCUUUACUCCCAGGGGAACAAGCCUAUCCCUCAACAGAUGCAGGAGAAGGAGCGGACGCCCGCUCUCCCGACCCCUGCUCCUCCAGCUCCACAGGGGGCGCCCCCAGCCGCCAACCCGCCUCCCCCGCCACCAAAGAAGACUUCCCCUCAGGGUGGCAGCCCUGCACGCCAGCUCAAACGCUCACAUACAUCCCCAAAAGAUGAACCAAAGGCUCCAGAACAAGUCGGAUCAAAGAUUCCUCGACUGGAGAGCCCCAUGCCUCCGCUGCCGACAUCGCAGCCUCCCCCAGCUCCUCCCACAGAAGCAGAACCAGUGAGCGAGACGGCUCCUCCGCCGCCGCACGCUCCACCUCCACACCAGCCCCCUCCCCUGCCCCACCGCCCUCCUCCGCCUCCGCCCUCCAACUACAUCAUGUCCACCACCAGCUCCUACAUGUCCGGAGAAGGCUACCAGAGCCUGCAGUCCAUGAUGAAGACAGAGGGUCCCUCCUACGCCCCCAUGCCGCCCAGCUACGCGCCCCCAAUACCGCCGUAUCACCCGCACGUCUAUCCGCCACCUGCAGCACCACCUCCUGGCCCACCGCCUCCUCCCUCCACCUACCCGCCACCCAACUUGCCGCCAACCUAUCCGCCGCCGGGGUACAACAGCUACCCUCCUCCGCCGCCUCCACGCAUGCCGCCAGGCCACGUACCCCCACCAGGGAUAGGCCUCCCGCCUACUGGUUACCCUCCUCCACCUCCGGUGCCCCCAGGACAGUCACAAGUGCCCCUGCCCCCUCCACCUGGCAUGCCUCUGAACCGCGGUGGGUGGAUGAGAUGAGAGUGUGAGCCUAUUAACUGGGGCAGCUGUGCAGAGCCACAAUUGGGGAUGAGAAGCUCUCGGAAGACAACCAGAGACUUAUUAUUCUGGUACUAACCAAGGAAACGGGAGCUUCUUUAGCACAACUUCUGAUGAACAGACGCUGAGGUUGUGAACGAAGACCUGUUAGCAAAUAGACUUGAAAGGAAAAGUGAGGUCUGGACAGUAUUGUUAUGAGAACCAGAGGUGGUGGGGAAAGUUCCCAGUGCGAAUCUUGAAAUAUUUUUGAAAUGGGGGCUUAAAUUUGUACAGGAUGGUCGUUAAGCUGGGCUCACACUGCAGGAGUUUUGAGAUGACUAACCCCUGUUUCAGCCUUCCGGACAAUCGGAGGAGAAAUCUGGUCUGUGAUCUUUGUUUGAAUCCUAGCAAUGUGAGGAGUUCACAGAUCCACACUUGCACCUUGUGAACCACUCGCUCCCAUCGAGGCCGUCCUGUUAAUAUCAAACAUGCUGAUAUUUAUGAGUUAAAAUCUGGAUAGUUACAGUUAUCACCCUGGCACCAUUCUAGCCUUUGAGACCAACAUUAGCUCCAGAUAAUAAGGCUGAUAGUCACUUCUUUUUUUCUCUUCCGCAUUUGUUUAUCUUUCUGCUUUUGUUUCUUUCCUCCCUGCAGAGUUUUAUUGACUUUUCAGCAAGUUGUUGCUCCAUUUUGUUUGCAUCUGUUUCUUCGUGAGGCGGUGCGCUGCUCCGUGACUUCUCUCUCCUUCUAGCAAGAUAACCUGUGAUGUGUGAUGCACCAUUAUUUUUAAAUCUAGUUUGAUACGUGUCUGAGUUUAGAGACAAGAAUAUGUGUAGUUUCUCCUUCUGUGCUUGUGAUUCGGAUUGAAACCUCCUCCAGUGUGAGCCCAGCUUCAGGGUGCCUAAUUCCAGGAUCUUAUAACAAACACUGUCCAGUCAUUGUUUUUGUUCUGGGAAUGUACCAAGAAAUAUUGGCACUCUGAUUUGUAUAUGUUUUUUUUUCUUCUUUUGUCACACAUGCUCUGUCACUAAUUGCGGGUGGAUGAAAGGAUCCAUUUUUCACUUUUCUUUGGAGUAGUUCACAGGUUGAGACUUACACGACUGUCUGUAGUCUAUUAGCCUUAUCAUCUGUUCUGGAUUUCCUGAAUGUCUGGUCAUUUUUUUUUCUCCAUUUUUCACAGCAUUCCCACUUGUUUUGCUAAGAAAAACAAGAGUGUAAUAAACAAUGUUGAGAUAGUUGGGUUUGCAGCAGUUAAAUCUAAAAAGGACUGUCACACUGAAAGACUUGAAAACAAACAUGCUGUACAUACAAAGCGUUGGAGAACAUACAGUUUAACACGAGCUGCAACGAUUAACCGAUGAGUCGUCUAUUAAAUUUAUCGACAACUAAUUUGAGUAUGUUUUUAAGAAGAAAAAACUCUGAUGUCCGCUUCCUAAACUGGAAUAUUUUGUGUUUUCUUUCCUCUAUUAUGACAAUAAGCUGAAAAUCUUUGGGUUGUGGACAAAACAAGACGUUUAGGAGGUCAUCAGAUGGACAUUUUUUAAAUUAUUUUCUGACCAAACUAAUCGAUUAAUCAAGGAAACCACUGACUAUGAAGAUGUCUGUUAGUUGCAGCUCUAGUUAACGCAUAACAAAUCUUUCUGUCGUUACAUUUUACUCGGAGGUAAAAUGUGAGAUGUGUCUGCUGCCAUUAGAUGCUGUCAUUUCAUUUCAUUUUAUCACAGUGUUCUUAUUUUCUCCUAGAUUUUUUUUAGUGAAUCUGCACUGCAGACAGUAUUAAAUGAAGUACAGAGCAGAAACCCUGUCGUCGAAUCAACCGCGUCUAACACUGGACAGUCUGAGGUAUACAUAUACACAUAUAUAUGUACAUGUCAGAUGUUUUCAUUUAGACAGAUGUUUUUGAGAGCUUCUAUCUAUAUGUGCCUUAGUCGGGCUUCUCUGUUCUGUAUCCUGCACGCAGCUUUGGUUUAGUGUGUGAAUGGUUCUUAUGACAUUAAAGACCUGCUUUUCCUAGUUUCA